ACUGUAUUAAUACUUUUGAAAGGUGUUUUAUUUGCUCGGAGUUCCCGUUUGAUACCCGAUAAAGCAAAUCUAGGUUUUCGCUUUCCUUGCGAUGGGCCUGGCCGAGGGGGAACAUGUCAAGUAUCUGCUUGGGAUCAUGUUUUCUUAGGUUUAUUCUGGAUGUACAAUGCAAUUUCGGUAGUCAUUUUCCAUUUCAGUUGGAAAAUGCAGUCGGAUGUUUGGGGUACCAUAAGUGAUCAAGGGGUGGUAACUCAUAUUACAGGGGGAAACUUUGCACAGAGUUCCAUUACGAUUAAUGGGUGGCUUCGAGAUUUCUUGUGGGCACAGGCAUCGCAAGUCAUUCAGUCUUAUGGUUCUUCAUUAUCUGCAUAUGGUCUUUUUUUCUUAGGUGCUCAUUUUGUCUGGGCCUUCAGUUUAAUGUUUUUAUUCAGCGGCCGUGGUUAUUGGCAAGAACUCAUUGAAUCUAUCGUUUGGGCUCAUAACAAAUUAAAAGUUGCUCCUGCUACUCAGCCUAGAGCCUUGAGCAUUAUACAAGGACGUGCUGUAGGAGUAACCCAUUACCUUCUGGGUGGAAUUGCCACGACAUGGGCAUUCUUCUUAGCGAGAAUUAUUGCAGUAGGAUAGUGGCUAGGAGGAUUUGAAAGGCAUUAUGGAAUUAAGAUUUCCCAGGUUUAGCCAAGGCUUAGCUCAGGACCCCACUACUCGUCGUAUUUGGUUUGGUAUUGCUACCGCACAUGAUUUCGAAAGUCAUGAUGAUAUUACUGAAGAACGUCUUUAUCAGAACAUUUUUGCUUCUCACUUUGGGCAAUUAGCAAUAAUCUUUCUAUGGACGUCCGGAAAUCUGUUUCAUGUAGCUUGGCAAGGAAAUUUUGAAUCAUGGAUACAGGAUCCUUUACACGUAAGACCUAUUGCUCAUGCGAUUUGGGAUCCUCAUUUUGGUCAACCCGCUGUGGAAGCCUUUACUCGAGGAGGUGCUGCUGGUCCAGUGAAUAUUGCUUAUUCUGGGGUUUAUCAGUGGUGGUAUACAAUAGGAUUACGCACCAAUGAAGAUCUUUAUACUGGAGCUCUUUUUCUAUUAUUUCUUUCUACGCUGUCCUUAAUAGCGAGUUGGUUACAUCUACAACCCAAAUGGAAACCAAGCCUUUCGUGGUUCAAAAACGCGGAAUCUCGUCUCAAUCAUCAUUUGUCAGGACUUUUCGGGGUAAGUUCUUUGGCUUGGACAGGACAUUUAGUUCAUGUUGCUAUUCCCGCAUCCAGGGGGGAGUACGUUCGAUGGAAUAAUUUCUUAGAUGUAUUACCCUAUCCCCAGGGGUUGGGACCCCUUUUGACGGGUCAGUGGAAUCUUUAUGCCCAAAACCCUGAUUCGAGUAAUCAUUUAUUUGGUACCGCUCAAGGAGCGGGAACUGCCAUUCUAACUCUUCUUGGGGGAUUCCAUCCACAAACACAAAGUUUGUGGCUGACUGAUAUGGCUCACCAUCAUUUAGCUAUUGCAUUUAUUUUUCUCAUUGCCGGUCACAUGUAUCGAACUAACUUCGGAAUUGGGCACAGUAUUAAAGAUCUUUUAGAAGCGCAUACUCCUCCGGGGGGUCGAUUAGGGCGUGGGCAUAAGGGCCUUUAUGACACAAUCAACAAUUCGAUUCAUUUUCAGUUAGGUCUUGCUCUAGCUUCUUUAGGGGUUAUUACUUCCUUAGUAGCUCAACAUAUGUACUCUUUACCUCCUUAUGCAUUCAUAGCACAAGACUUUACUACUCAAGCUGCUUUAUAUACUCAUCACCAAUAUAUUGCGGGGUUCAUCAUGACAGGGGCUUUUGCUCAUGGAGCUAUUUUUUUCAUUAGGGAUUACAAUCCGGAACAGAAUGAGGAUAAUGUAUUGGCAAGAAUGUUAGACCAUAAAGAAGCUAUCAUAUCUCAUUUAAGUUGGGCUAGCCUCUUUCUAGGAUUCCAUACCUUGGGCCUUUAUGUUCAUAACGACGUCAUGCUUGCUUUUGGUACUCCAGAAAAGCAAAUCUUGAUCGAACCUAUAUUUGCCCAAUGGAUACAAUCUGCUCAUGGCAAGACGACAUAUGGGUUCGAUAUACUCUUAUCUUCAACGAAUGGCCCCGCUUUCAAUGCGGGUCGAAGCCUAUGGUUGCCCGGAUGGUUGAAUGCUGUUAAUGAGAAUAGUAAUUCGCUUUUCUUAACAAUAGGACCUGGGGAUUUCUUGGUUCAUCAUGCUAUUGCUCUAGGUUUGCAUACAACUACAUUGAUUUUAGUAAAGGGCGCUUUAGACGCACGCGGUUCCAAAUUAAUGCCGGAUAAAAAGGAUUUUGGGUAUAGUUUUCCUUGUGACGGCCCAGGGCGCGGCGGUACUUGUGAUAUUUCUGCUUGGGACGCAUUUUAUUUGGCAGUUUUCUGGAUGUUAAAUACCAUUGGGUGGGUUACUUUUUAUUGGCAUUGGAAACAUAUCACAUUAUGGCAGGGCAACGUUUCACAAUUUAAUGAAUCCUCCACUUAUUUGAUGGGAUGGUUAAGAGAUUACCUAUGGUUAAACUCUUCACAACUUAUCAAUGGAUAUAAUCCUUUUGGGAUGAAUAGUUUAUCGGUAUGGGCUUGGAUGUUCUUAUUUGGACAUCUUGUUUGGGCUACUGGAUUUAUGUUCUUAAUUUCUUGGCGGGGGUAUUGGCAGGAAUUAAUUGAGACUUUAGCAUGGGCUCAUGAACGCACACCUUUAGCUAAUUUAAUUCGCUGGAGAGAUAAGCCUGUGGCUCUUUCCAUUGUGCAAGCAAGAUUGGUUGGAUUAGCUCACUUUUCCGUGGGUUAUAUAUUCACUUAUGCAGCUUUCUUGAUUGCCUCAACAUCAGGCAAGUUUGGUUAAUUUAGUUUGUUUUUUUGUACUGUAUCAGCACCUAGUUCAUUACUCUUGAUAGAGAGGGAGGAUCCGCCUUCUUAAAUUUCUUUUUCUAUUUAUUUUUCCAUCUAGGAUUAGAACCGUAUACUUGAUAAUAAUAGCAACGGCACAUUAUGGCAAAAAAGAGUUUGAUUCAGAGGGAGAAGAAGCGGCAGAAAUUAGAACAGAAAUAUCAUUUGAUUCGUCAAUCUUUAAAAAAAAAGAUAAGAAGCAAAGUUUCUCUCCCUUGAGUUUGAGUGAAAAAACGAAAAUGCGAGAAAAAUUGCAAUCCCUACCGCGUAAUAGUGCACCUACACGCCUUCAUCGACGUUGUUUUUUGACCGGAAGACCUAGAGCUAACUAUCGACAUUUUGGGCUAUCCGGACACGUACUUCGAGAAAUGGUUUAUGAAUGUUUAUUACCGGGUGCAACAAGAUCCAGUUGGUAAGGAUAAAAUACCCUUUCGUAUUUGUAUGGAUUUCUGGAAUUGAUAAUCAUAGAGGAGCCCUCUUUACCAUUCUGUAUAAAUGGACUAUUCUAUUUGUAUAGAUAUGGUAGAGGGACGUAUCGAACCCUCUUUUAUCCACUAGUUACCCCUCUUUAGUUUAAGAGUAUAGAGCAGUUUGGUAGCUCAUAAGUCUCAUAACCUUGGGGUUGCGGGUUCGAUUCCCACUACCGGCCCCAUACUCCUUCUUUAAUGAUAUAUGCAUGAUAUAUACAUCAUCCAUUUGUAUCUGGAUUUUUUGAUUUCCUAAAAGAGUUUUGGUCUAACAGUUUUUUCUCGGAAGAAGACAACAAAUAAAAGAAAGAAUAAAAGAAAGAAUAAAAUACGAAA